AAGGGAAAACCCAUGUAAAGCGUUUACUAUCCGCAAAUAAGCACUCCCAAAAUGAUUAUAUUAUUGUGGAUGUUUCUCUGCUCCUUCACUCACUAAUCACUCCUUGGAAUAAUGAGCCUAACAGAGCAUCCUAGUUUCCUACAACUUCCUUUCCAGAACUCCUUAAAAAUAAUAAGCACUGAAAGAUUGAAUUCAGCACUAAUCCGUUUGUGGAGUUCUAGUUGACUUUGUGGGGAUUUGGCUUCUCCUCCAGGGAGAAGCUGAAUUACAGGAGUAUAAAUUUGUUAAUGCUUAUUUAGUACUCUGUUUAGGUUUUUCUCUCUCCUUCCUAGAGAUAGAUCAUUUUUUUGACUGGGUUCUUUUGCUCACCACCCUUUAAAGGGACCAAAACCCCAUAAUUUUCACAAUAAUUUACCAUAUUAAAUAGGAAUAUGGUUGCUGAAACCUGCAUCCUGUGUAUUGAUAUAAGGAUCAACUCUCUCUAAGGAGAGACAUAGUUGGACUACUCAGAACCCACUGGUGUUCAUUGGAGCUGGCUACAUUGAUAGUUCCUUUGAACCCUUACUAAGCAGCUGUUGAACGUAUGAGAAGCCAAGAAUGUAUAGAAUAACUCUAGAGAGCAAGUUAUCAAAAGCACAAAGCGAAGAAUUUGUCUUUUAAAUGAAAAUCAAGAAGUUGUCUCUCUAACCUGUGAAUCUCUCAGAGUGUCAGGGACUUUUGAAAAAAGCUGAAACCCAGAUGAUGAAAACCGGAAAAUGUCAAAGCUUAAGGGGUCCUGCUUCACUAUAGAAUGUAAUCAGCGUGAUUCCUCCCCAGGAAAUUUUUGUUAUUUUUGCUUUCCCCAACUGUAACAAACAAUUCCAGGACAGAGCUGACACCAGGCUGCUGUCAUGUUGGAGGACUGAGCUCGAAGCCAAUCAGCGCGCAGCGUCUUUGUUGUAUAUAUACUCACACACGUGCACACACGCGCACACGGAAACACGCACGCACACUGGGCCAGGAGCUCAACUCCUAGACUCGAUUAAUAUUAUUUUCUCCUUUCAGCUUUAGGUCCCCAUACCCACCAUGUCCAAGACAGCUCCUGCCGUGCCUCCCCCCUCCAACCCCGCCCAGAAAACGCAGGUGAAGAAGGCCCACAAGUCCGCAGGCGCAGCCAAGCGCAAGGCGUCCGGGCCCCCGGUGUCCGAGCUCAUCACCAAGGCGGUGGCCGCGUCCAAGGAGCGCAGCGGCGUGUCCCUGGCCGCGCUCAAGAAGGCGCUGGCGGCCGCCGGCUACGACAUGGAGAAGAACAACAGCCGCAUCAAGCUGGGCCUCAAGAGCCUGGUGAGCAAGGGGACCCUGGUGCAGACCAAGGGCACCGGCGCCUCAGGCUCCUUCAAGCUCAACAAGAAGGUGGCCUCUGGGGAGGCCAAGCCCAAGGCCAAGAAGGCAGGGGGGACCGGCACCCCCAAGAAAAGCGCCAAGAAGACCCCGAAGAAGGCCAAGAUGCCCGCCGCGGCGACCGUCACCAAGAAGGUGACCAAGAGCCCCAAGAAAGUGAAGGCGGCCAAGUCUAAGCGGGCAGCUGAGACAUCCAAGAAGAACCCUAAGAAGGCCAAGAAGCCCGCCACAGCCGCCUUCACCAAGAAGGUGGCCAAGAGCCCAAAGAAGGAGAAGGCGGCCAAGGCCAAAGCAGCCAAACCCAAUUCGGUGGCCGCCAAGAAGUAAGAAUUCAGGCUACAGAAGAAUGCUUUAACGACUCUUUUCAGAGCCACACAACUAAUCUUAUGAAAGAAUUGUAUCACUUGCUUCCUCCAGCAUCUUUCACAAUUCAACCAAGUACACAGCAACCUUUCAUUAAAAAAGAGAUGGACCUUGGCUCUAAAAACAGCCUUUGAGCUUAAGGCUAGCUGCUAUCACCGGCU